AUGUCACUUUGUCUUGCCACGGUGCUGGCCCUCGGAUAUCUGCCAACUCCUUCCAUCUCUGCUGAGCCAGGCCUUAGCAUCCCCCUAGGGCAUAAUGUAACCUUUGUGUGCUCAAACUCUAGUGGGUAUGAUUUAUUCCGCCUGGAGAGGAAUAACAUGCAAGUCAAGGAUGAGAAGAACACUCUCCAUUCCAUGACAGAGGCUAGAUUCCACCUUGGCCCAGUGGAUGAAAGCUUUGCUGGACGCUACUCCUGUGUUUAUGUGAAAGAGUCCAUCUGGUCCUUACGCAGUGAGACCCUGGAGCUGAUGGUAACCAGAGAAGAUGUCACUCAGGCUCCAGACCCAGGCCCAGCAGUGACCUCAGACACAUCUUGGCUGAAGACCAAUGGCAUUUACAUUCUCAUUGGCGUCUCUGUGGUCUUCCUCCUGUGUCUUCUCCUCCUCCUCCUCUUCUGCUUCCAUAGCCACCGUCAGAAAAAGCAGGGGCUCCCAAACAGCAAGAAUCAGCAGCAGAAUCCACAAAAGAGGCUCAGCCUAGUUACUAAUGGCCUGGAGAGCACACCAGACAUAGUCACAGAUGACAGACUUCUUGAGGACAGAAGGACAGAAACCCAGGUCCCUGUUUCGGGAAGCCUUCAGGAGGUGACAUAUGCCCAGCUGGACCAUCACGCCCUCACACAGAGGACAGCUGAAGCUGUGACCCCAUGGAGCACAGAUGCCAAGCCUGAGUCCAGCACAUACGCAGCCAUCAUCAGACGCUGA